AUGAUCCCACUUGCCAGGGUUGGCUUCACACGGAGUGACAAGGACACGAAGCAGGAGUUUGAGAAAAUCAAACAGGAUCUGAAGACAGAAGACAUUCAGAUUUUAGGCUUCUCGACCCUGCCCGGGAGGCUCUCCAUGAUGGCCUUCAUCCUCAAUGCACUCACCUGUGCCCUGGCUUUGCUGUACUUCAUCCGGCGAGGAAAGCAGUGCCUGGAUUUCACAGUCACAGUUCACUUCUUCCACCUCCUGGGCUGCUGGAUUUACAACUCCCACUUCCCCUCCACCCUGACGUGGUGGCUGGUGCACAUUGUCUGCACAGCACUGAUGGCUGCCAUCGGGGAGUACCUCUGCAUGAGGAUAGAACUCAGGGAAAUCCCCCUCAAUUCUGCCCCCAAAUCCAACGUAUAG